AUGGAUGUUCCUGAGCCAGACCAGUCGCCUUUUACGGCGGUUACUGCCCACACCUCUAAACUGACCAGGCAUUACCAAGCCUACCUGGAUGCCUCUACUCCUUAUGCCACCUACCGCUGGGUCGGUUCCGCUGUUCUCUUGCUACUUUUCUUCCUGCGAAUCAUCUUCGCGCAAGGAUGGUAUAUCGUUGCCUACACCCUCGGCAUUUACCUCCUGAACCUCUUCCUCGCCUUCCUCACCCCCAAAUUUGACCCCUCCCUCACUCAAGACGAGGGACUGGAGGAUGGAGAUGCCGGCCCUAGCCUCCCCAGCAAGUCAGAUGAUGAGUUCCGUCCCUUUAUCCGCCGUCUCCCCGAAUUCAAGUUCUGGCACUCCGCCACCCGUGCCAUCGCCAUCGGCUUCGUAUGCAGUUGGUUCGCCAUGUUCGACAUCCCCGUCUUCUGGCCCGUCCUGGUUGUGUACUGGUUCAUUCUCUUCGUUUUGACCAUGCGCCGCCAGAUCCAGCACAUGAUCAAGUACCGCUACGUGCCUUUCUCAUUUGGCAAGACCCGGUACGGACGGUCAUAG